CCUCAGCCCCUCAGACACACUCUCUCUCACUCACUCACACACGCACUCUCAGUGCUGGCUCAGGCUCCACUUCAGCACUGGGACACAGAGGCAGCAAAAGUCUGAGGGAGAGAAAGAGCGAGGGAGUGAGAGAGAGGAAGAGAGAGGGAGACUGGUAGUGUGUGAGUGUGUGUGUGUGUGUGUGUGUAAGCACCAUGUCUUCAGACCCAGGGCUCAUAGCACUGUUUCUAUGGACUAUAUCACUACAGACACUGGGCACCGCCGGAAACAACAACAACGACAACAAUGAAGUGAAUCUACUAGACACCUCCUCGAUAUCAGGCGACUGGGGCUGGCUAACAUACCCAUCACAUGGGUGGGAUGCUAUAAAUGAGAUGGAUGAGUAUUUCAGUCCCAUCCACACGUACCAGGUGUGUAACGUGAUGAGUCCCAGUCAGAACAACUGGCUGAGGACAGGCUGGAUCCCUCGUGACGGAGCCAGGAGGAUCUAUAUCGAGGUCAAGUUCACCCUCCGGGACUGUAACAGCAUGCCUGGAGUCCUGGGAACCUGCAAGGAGACAUUUAACCUGUACUACUAUGAGUCGGACCGAGCUGUAGGCACGGCCAUCAGAGAGACCCAGUUCACCAAGAUCGAUACCAUCGCUGCUGAUGAGAGCUUUACUGGAGUGGACCUGGGAGUCAGGAGACUCAAACUCAACACAGAAGUUCGAGGUGUGGGCCCCCUCACUAGACGAGGCUUCUACCUGGCCUUCCAGGACAUCGGGGCGUGCAUCGCCCUGACCUCUGUCAGGGUGUACUACAAGCGCUGCUCAGGCGUGGGCCGCAACCUGGCCGUGUUCACUGAAGUGGUGACGGGCGCUGACUCCUCCUCCCUGGUGGAGGUCAGGGGUCAGUGUGUGGACCACGCCGAAGAGAGAGACACGCCCAAGAUGUACUGCAGCGCUGAGGGGGAGUGGCUGGUGCCCAUCGGGAGGUGUAUAUGCAGCGCUGGGUUCGAGGAGCACAGGGAGUCCUGCAUUGCGUGUGAGGUGGGUUUCUAUAAGCCAAUGGCAGGUGAUGGGUUGUGUGGGAGGUGUCCUCUACAAAGCCACUCAGAGACCAGAGCUGCCCUCUACUGCCCCUGUGACUCCAGCCACUACAGGGCCCCUACAGACCCCCCUGCCGCACCCUGCACAAGCCCCCCAACAGCUCCAGUAAACAUGAUAUCGUCGGUUAACGGUACGUCAGUGAAUCUGGAGUGGGGUCGACCGAUGGACUCGGGGGGUCGCAGUGACCUGCUGUACAGCGUGCUCUGUCAGAAGUGCUCUGGGGAAGGGGGGCAGUGUGAGGACUGUACAGCAGGGAUGGGGUCAACCAGUGUGGGAGAGGGGAUGGGAGGAGAGGGUGGAGGGACGGUGGACCGCUCUGGGGUGGUCCCGGUGCGGUUUGUUCCCCAGCAGAGCUUGCUGACCGAACCCUGGGUUACCGUUCUAAACCUGGUUGCCCACGCCAACUAUACCUUCCGUAUCCUAGCGAUGAAUGCGGUGACUCACCUAAGCAAUGAGCCGGCGCCCUUCAUAUCUGUCAACAUCACCACGAACCAGGCAGCCCCUUCCCAGGUGAUUGCCAUUCGCCAGGAGAACACCAGUCAGAACAGCGUCACUCUCCAGUGGCACGAGCCUGACCAGCCCAAUGGAGUCAUACUAGAGUAUGACAUCAAAUACUAUGAGAAGGAUAAGGAGCAGCAGAGUUACUCCACCCUGAAGGCCAAGGGGACCAUGGCCCGGGUGUCUGGCCUGAAGCCUGGUACCAGGUACAUUUUUCAGGUCCGGGCCAGAACCUCGGCAGGCUGCGGACGCUUCAGCCAGAAUGUGGAGAUCCAGACCGGGAAAGCAAUUCCUCUGCGCUACGACACUAUGACCAUCAUCUGGAUCUGUAUGGCGCUGGUCUCUGGCCUCGUCACCUUCCUGGCCAUCGUCAUCUGCAGGAAACGGCAAGGCAACCCUUUCUUACACUACACCACUACCCGUGAUGUGGACGAGUCCUCUCUGACUCUACGUCACUCAUAUACACACUGUGGCUAUAGCAAGGCCUUCCAGGACUCUGAUGAGGAGAAGAUGCACUACCAGAAUGGCCAUGUGUCAUUCCCCGACGUGCGAUUCUACAUCGACCCACACACCUACGAGGACCCCUGCCAGGCCGUCCACGAGUUUGCCCGAGAAAUUGAAGCUUCCAGGAUCAGAAUAGAGAAAAUCAUUGGGUCAGGUGAGUUUGGGGAGGUGUGUUACGGGCGGAUGCGUCUCCCAGGGAAGAGAGACAUUCCAGUGGCUUUGAAGACACUGAAGGCAGGAUACAGUGACAAGCAGAGGAGGGACUUCCUGGCUGAGGCAUCAAUCAUGGCCCAGUUUGACCACCCUAACAUCAUUCACCUGGAGGGAGUGGUCACACGCAGUAAACCAGUCAUGAUCAUCACUGAGUACAUGGAGAAUGGAUCUCUGGACUCUUUCCUGAGGAGACAUGAUGGUCAGUUCACUAUAAUCCAGUUGGUGGGUGUGAUGCGUGGCAUCGCGGCGGGUAUGACCUACCUGGCAGACCUAGGCUACAUCCACCGCGACCUGGCAGCUCGUAACAUCCUGGUCAACAGCAACAUGGUGUGUAAGGUGUCUGACUUCGGCCUGUCCAGAGUCCUGGAGGACGAUCCUGAUGCAGCAUACACCACCAGCGGUGGUAAGAUUCCAAUCCGCUGGACAGCGCCGGAGGCCAUCGCCUACAGGAAGUUCUCCUCUUCCAGUGACGUGUGGAGCUAUGGCGUGGUCAUGUGGGAGGUCAUGUCAUAUGGGGAGAGGCCAUACUGGAACCUCACCAACAGAGAUGUGAUAAAGUCAGUAGAGGAGGGCUACAGGCUACCUGCUCCUAUGGGCUGUUCAGGUGCUCUACACACUCUCAUGCUGGACUGCUGGCAGAAGGACCGCAACGAGAGGCCCCGCUUCUGCCAGAUUGUUACAGUUUUAGACAAGCUGAUCCGGAACCCGGAGAACCUCAAGUCCAUGGACACGCUGUGCAGGUUAGGCACACCUCCCAUGAUGGACAGUAUCCCAGACUUCAGCAGCUGUAGUUCUGUGGAUGAGUGGCUGGACAUCAUCAAGAUGGGCCGAUACAAGGACCAUUUUGCUGCAGGAGGCUACCUGACCCUAGGCCACGUCAUAGGCAUGAACCAAGGGGAUAUCCACAGGCUAGGGGUGACACUGAUGGGCCACCAGAAGAAGAUCAUGACCAGUGUACAGCUGAUGCGUGUCCAGGUGCUCAACAGAAGUGUGCCCUCGGUGCACGUAUAACUUCAGCCUCAAGGCUUCUCCAGCCAGCCGAUUUUCAAAUCUAGCCCCAGGCUUCUGAGGCCUAGUCGGAACUCAUGGGAAUUGAUCUAUGACUAUCAGAGAAACUACAAUGUCCGGGUGACAUUUUGGUUAACUUUUCAAGACCUCUUCUUUGAGAGAUUGAAACUUCAAGAGUACAGAUAUGAAGGGACUUGAGUACCAUAGCCUUUGUUUUUCCUAUUCAGAUAUGUUUCAUGUCUUGUUUGGCAAAAAUCUUUGGACUGCCUUAAUCUCCACAAAUGAUUUAAAUGUUGUUGUAUACAAAGAGAGAUUCUAUUCAUAUUAAUGUAUCAGUUAAGUAUACCUCACAAUGGAUCUGAGUGAUAGCCUAGCAUACAGUAAGCGAGAGACUGGCAGGGGCUGGAGCACUGAGCUGUGUCCCGCAGCACACAGCUUCUCCUAUGGUUCCCCUGAGAACUGGCCCCAGGCCCCUGUCUACUUGGCACAAGAAGACCCUGGACCUGAACCUGACAGUGGACAAACAGCAACAACCUACUCGACUCACCAGAAAUUCCAAGUCUCCUCCACUAAGAAGGAGGCCAGUUCCAAUUUGGCCAUGAAAGACUGUACGGAGUCACAAUCUCACACAGUAAACUUUCGAAGGACCCUAGGAGAGAAGCACUGUGUUCUCUCCCUGGUUCAGCUGUGUAGCGCACAACUACUGUAGAACAGAUGUAUGGAUGAUGACUCAUUGUGAUUAUAGUGUUUUGACUCUGUGGUGGUAAGGACAAAAGAAGGAAUAGGGAAAGUGCUAUAUGUGGAAUGUUUUUAUCUAAAUACUCUGAAAACAAUAUUAUUGACGGUCCUAGUUCCACUGUGCAAUCAAGAGAAUGGUUUUCUAAUGCACCUAUGUUUGAUUUCUAGUGGUCUAUGUCUCUUUUUAUUAGAGAAGAAGCUCAUUAUAUUCCCUGAAUAUGCAUUGUAUAACUAUGGUGACAUUUCAAUAAUGUUUCCACAUUUUUCUCCUGAGAUACUUUUUUUUUAAACACUGGAGUUCAAUAUAAAUUCCAUAUUUUAUGAAAGUAUGUUUUAUUAGAUCUAUCAAUUGACAAACAGCCUUCUGUUUUCUAUACCAGUACAUACCUACGGUCACUACAACAGGAUGUACUAACCUCUGUCUGAAAUUAGGGGAUCUAUUCAAUCAGUAUCGGUGAAUCGUUACAGAUUGCUCAAUAGAUAUUUUAAGUUAAUUUCCGAUUAAGUCGAAAUAUGCAGGGUUUAACGUGAAUGCUGUCUCCACUAACGCAGGAACAUUGCCUUUAAAUUUCAAUCACGCUGUAACGUUGAACAUCCGCAAUACGGAUUGAAUAGAGCCCCAGGUCUAUUUGCUCUCAAACAAAAUUCAAAAGACAAAAGCUUUUUGCAAAGAUUGAUGGAUCAUCCGUGUUUCUCAUGUUGAAUCAUAUAAUAAAAAUAGUGACUGAAAAAGCAAUACCCCUCUGUCUGCACGACUCAGUGCUGAGUCCACUGCCCAUGAUUCACCUGGGAAUAAAUCAAAUGGGUUUAACACAACUGACCUGUCUCACUUGGGAUGUUGCAGAAUGUUUCACAUUCCAAUUCGGAACACAACACAGUGACUAAUGUAGGAAUGAAUAGAAAUUGAACAAAACAGGGUUAGGGUUACAGUAAUGAAUUUCGGUUUGGUCAGGGUGUGAUUUGGGUGGGCAUUCUAUGUUCUUUAUUUCUUUGUUUCUGGCCGAGUGUGGUUCCCAAUCAGAGGUAGCUCGUUGUCUCUGAUUGGGGAUCAUACUUAGGCAGCCCUUUUCCCUCCUUCUGUGUGGGACCUUGUCUUUGUUUGUGUGCAGGUAGUUUGCACAACGAAGCUAAUCGGGUCGUUGUAUUCUUUAUUGUUUUGUCUUUUCCAAAGUUUCACUUCAUUAAUAAAUUAUGUGGAACUCAAAGUA